AUGAAACGUUCAAGACAUACCAAAUACAAUGCAAAGAAACGAUUACAAAAGACAUCUAUGCAAGUUCAAGAUACGAAUUCUUCUUCUCAAACAAUAGCUUUUGAUCUUAUAGAGCAACAAACUCAAGAUGAUGUUAGUUCCUCAUCUGUUAGUUCCUUCUCGCCUGUUGAAGUAAAAACAAACAUAGUAUUUAAUCCUUUGCAGCAUCGAACUCAAGGAGGUUCCAGAGAUUUAAGUACCUCAGAUAUAGUUCGAUAUAUGAAAAAUGAAUGGUCAAGUGUUCCGCUUUGCGCUUUUUGCCGAAUAUCUUCUAAUGUAACAACAAUUUCAAUUAUGAAAGAUAUUUCAGUAAUGGAUUUAUUAAUUGAAUGCUUAAUAAGGGAAUCAAGACAAUCUAAAAAUAAUAAUGAAAUUCCUAAAAUUCCCUUAGAAUUUUAUAAUCUUGCUAAAAGUAUUACUGAAUCAACUAAUGAUCAAUUAAUGAACAAUAAUAAUGAUAUGUGGAUUAAAUUUGGUCAAUGGUUGGAAUUAAAAAAGCCAAUUAGUAAAAGUGAUUUUUGGAAAUAUCCAAAGAAAUUUUAG